AUGUUCUCUUGGAGAGUCCGACAUAUUCUGGUUGCUGUUGGCUUACUCUUAGCACUGAGCGAUGUGGAAUCAGCGAACAUUCUUCUCUUUGGUGUCUUUGGAGAUGGCAGCCAUUAUUUUACGAUGGUUGCAGUCGGAAAGAGUCUGGUGAAGAGAGGUCAUAAUGUGACCUUCCUCAUUUCAGACGAGUAUUCCGACCGCGCCACGGAUCCCGAGCACGCUACGAUCGUCAGCUACGAAAUGUUCCAUCUUUCUGGUCUGAAGAAGAGAAUGGAUUACAUAUCGAAUAAGACGGCAGAAGUUACAUUUGUUGAAAACAGCAUGAAGCACAUGGCUGAGAUGAUGGAUAUGUUCACUUCUGUAAACAGAGAAGCUUGUGAAUCCGUUUUUGAAGAUCAAAGAAUGCUAGACCGUAUGGCGAAAUUCGAUGCUUUUGUCGUCGAUGUGGUAUGGUCGUGUGUUGGUGGACUUACAACAAGAUUAGCCGAAGCCCUCGACAAUGAGUUAGAGAACUUUAUGCAAUCAUCGGGCAAGCACGGUGUCGUUCUGUUCUCUCUUGGAACAUAUUUUGCCUCAAUAACAAAAAGUAGACCCGACAUCAUUCGCAUGUUCAUCGAUGCUUUCAGUAGACUCCCACACAAAGUUCUUCUUCAUUUGAAAAAGCCCCCUCCAUACAAGAUACCUGAUAACAUCAAACCGAUGAAAUGGUUACCCUUGAAUGAUCUGCUUGGGCAUCCUAAGACUCGAGCAGUGCUCUAUCAUAGAGAAAACAACGGAUUCCUGGAGGCGUUGUACCACGGCGUACCCCUUGUCGUUAUGCCUCUGGGUGCUGAUCAGCAUGACGUUGCUGCCAGAGUGCUGGCUAAUGGACUUGGUACCAAGAUUGACAAAGACCGAUUGAGUGCGGAUUACAUUUACCAACAGCUCAACGAAGUCCCUGAGAACACAAGCUAUUCAACGAACGCCAAGCGUCUUUCUGCCAUCUUUCGUGAUCGUCCAAUGCCACCAGCGACCACGGCUGCAUUCUGGAUUGAACAUGUGAUCAAACAUGGUGGUGGUCACCUUCGCCCACCUACUCAUAGCCUAGCAUUCUUUCAGAUAUACCUACUUGAUAUCGCUGCAUUUGGUAUACUUCUCGUUGGGAUCUUAUUCUUUAUCAUGAUUAAACGUACUAUGAGAUGGUGUUGCUGUCGAAAGAAAAUCGUGAAAACUAAACGUGAUUGACCGUAUUUCCAUGUAAUAGGGAUUGGUUGUUUUUCGGAUUUUUAUUGUAAAUUUAGCUAUGAGAUAUAUGUAUAUCAUUUUGUUAGGGAUGCAAAAGGAAGAAAAAUACAUAAAGUAUAUAAAUAAU